GAACUCCACAUCUUCCAAAAGCUCGCCGCAGAGUUGUCACCUACAAAGUUAGAGGUCCAAGAUGUCAGUGGAGGAUGUGGAAGCAUGUACGCAUUGGACAUUGUGUCUGCAAAGUUCAAGGGCAUGUCGGUGAUUAAGCAGCAUCGUUUGGUCAAUGCUGUGCUCAAGGACGAGAUUAAGGGAUGGCAUGGUGUCCAGCUAAAGACAAAGGCU